AUGAAAUUAUCAGUGCUUGCCAUGGCUACAAGUCGUCUUCUGGCUCCAAGGACGGCAGUUUGUGAGAAGCCGUUUGAGCCCAACGGCACACCCCUAGUUUGGUGGCACUAUAAUGGCAACGGCGGUUUGCAGCCUGGCAAGGGUCUUAGUGGGACGUAUGCCGCCUUUCAGGACCAUGUCCAGCUCGAGGGUUGGGGUCACUUGCACAUGCAGGCAGAGGCCACUCUCGAGGGUGCCUACGCGGCGGGCUUCCUGGAAGGCUACAUGACCUCGGUGCACAUCUUCGAGCAUUACGUUUCCUGGCUGCAAGCCCAGUUCGGUCAAGUGUCGGUGCACGCUGGGGGAUCCAUGCGGCAUGCCUGGACAGCGCAGGGCGGGAGGGUCCGGAAAUUUAUCGAGGAUAACGACCGAUGGGUGCGGCAGCAGGUUGCCGAGAACCACGCGUCACCAUACUGGCAGACAGUCGGCCGUCUCAUGGCCCAGGCGGACGGCCUGCUGGCAGGGCAGCAGGCGGCGACACGAAACACGACAGCUAUGCAGCUGCGGAGGACAGAUAUGCUGCUGCUGCUUGCCUCUGGGGACAUGUACGACAUCCAGCCGGCUGUACACCAGGAGAAGCGCGUGAAUUGGGCCGCACUGGACGCGGCCAACUUUAUGAAGGAGUUCCACAAGGGUGUGUCCUGCUCGGCUUUGGUGACCUACUCCGAGGAUGCAGUGCGUGCGGGACACACCACCUGGACCUCCUACAACAACAUGCUUCGAAUCUACAAACGUGUGACAUGGGCCAUCAGAGGCAGGCCAGUUCACAAGGUGGCCUUCUCAUCCAGGCCCGGCUAUCUGUACAGCAAGGAUGACUUCUACACCUUGCCGCUGCAGCGCAUGGUGGUGAUGGAAACGACGAAUGCGAUAUUUAACAACAGCCUCUACGACAAAGUGCGGCCCGAGGCGCUCAUGGUUUGGCAGCGGGUGCCUGUGUCGAACUUCCUAGCGCAGGAUGGGCCACACUGGGCCAAGCUUUUUUCGAGGCACAAUUCCGGCACCUACAACAACAUGUGGAUCGCCAUUACCCUCGACCGUGCCAGCAAGAGCAGCCUUGAGGACGGCUUCCUGACCAUCGCGGAACAGAUCCCAGGCGAGGUGAAGGUCACGGACGUCACGCCUGUGGUCCGCAAGCAGGGCUACUUCUCCUCCUACAAUGUCCCGUAUGAUGCAGGCAUCUACGAGGCAGCUGGCUACCCGCGGCAUGUCGAAAGGAUGGGACCCGAGAACAGCUACAUGAAUUGCUCGCGCGCGAAGAUCUUCCGACGUGAUGCGCCUGAGGCCAGGGGUUCCAUGCAGGCCUUCAAGCGCGUCAUGGGCUCGAACAACUACCAGGCUGAUCCUGAAUCGCAUGGCGAUCCAAGCAAGGCCAUCAUGGCGCGUGGCGACUUGAGCCCUUACAGGCCCGAAUUGUUCGGCGCUGUGGAUCUGAAGGUCACCGAGGCUGUUCCUGGUGGAGAGGGCUGGGAUGGCAUCGCAUGGGCGCGCUCUGGCCCCACAACAGACAAUCAGCCGCCCUUCUCCUGGCUCAACAUCCCGGAUGGAGAGCCAGUGUUGCACCUUGGGCAGCCGGAUGUCUUCAAUUUCGACUUCAUCCCGAUGGCGUUUCAUGACGCUGAAGGCAUCGCAGCGCCGAUCGACAGCCUCGGCGACAGUGACGGUGUCCGCAUCGCACAGAGGAGGAGGGAGGGGAAGCGGGCGCCCGAGGAGAACCAUCUGCAGUGGCUGGUUCCUAUCUCGACAGCUGCGGCGGCGUCACCCAUGAAGGUGACGCCUUUCUCACUGGGCCUUUGUGCGGCCGGCGCGAUCGGCUUCCUCUCCCUUGUCCUCCGCCCGGUGCGGCAGCAUUCACAUGUGCCGGGCGAAGAAGAGUCAGUGUAUUUUUUGCACGCCUAG